GCGGGGCUGCAGGAGAAGGCGACGUUUCUGCAAGUGUUUGGCGGCAAGCCCGUGUUCUCAGCCUUCAUCCGGGCCCCCGCCUGGGCCGCCGCGCUGCUGCUGCCGCUCGGGCUGCUGGUGCUCUGGCCCCAGGUGCCGCAGGGGCCGGCCGCGCAGCGAGCCGCGGCGGCCGCGGCGCGGCGCGACGAGGGGGAUGUGGCUGCAGACGAGGAGGAGUCGCUUCCGCUGGCGCGCUAA